UUUUUUUUGAUUUAAGCUAUAAAAGGCCACAGUGAAAUCAACAAAAAGGGUGAAUAGUAGCAAUGCACUCAAUUUUCAUCCAAACAAAACGGGCGCUGAAUCAACUUCCAAAUUUGAAAUGUUUGUUUCUAUGAACCUUUCUAUCAACUUUGAUGUGUUUAUCAAACAGGUAUAAAUACGACAUUGUUUCUCCUUCCUGUUCCUGCAUUACUUUUUUUAUUUCUCUUCAAUGAAAGCCCAAAAGACUUUAGAGAAACUAAACAGGGAUUAUCUUUCAACCUCUAAUACUUGGAAUGGCAAAUCCUUUCAAGAAAAGAGGCGGUUCAAGCCUUAUCAUCGGCCCAACACUUUUCGAGUUUUUUUGUGUUCCAUUGGUCUUAUGGCUGUUUUUCUUUUUGGUUCACACAUCUUCUUAUCGUCAAACAUGGUUCAUAUGAGACAAGUUGAAGUGCUAACAUCAUCACUCAAUCCCGUUGAUCUUGUUAAAGAGCUGCCUUCUUCUCGAUCUAUUCGUGACAAGUUUAUUUAUUAUGCUACACAUGCUCAUCUUGCUGGUUCUGAACAAGACCCUGUUUUGGCUAACUGGACUCAAGACCGUUUUUCGCAUUUUGGCUUACAAAAUGCAUCUACCCAAGUUUAUUAUCCUUUUCUAAACUAUCCCUUGGAGCGCAAGCUAGCUGUUGUUAAUGGAUCACAAGAGCUUUUGUACAAUGCUACGUUGAAUGAAACAAAUCAUGAUAUUACACCUACCUUUCAUGCUUAUUCUGCAGAUGGUAAUGUCACAGGCCCCGUUGUUUAUGUCAAUUUUGGUCGACUCGAAGACUUUGUUUGGCUUACUUCCCAGUCCAAUAUCUCAGUCAAAGGUACAAUAGCUUUGGUGCGCCAUGGUAAGAUACCUAGCAGUAUCAAGGUACAAAAUGCUGAGCAAUUUGGAUGCAUUGGCGCACUUGUUUAUAAUGAUCCUGCAGAUACAGAUCUGCCUACUUUGGUACAUCGAGAAUCUGUUUCUUAUGCUCACUUUUAUCCUGGAGACCCUUCCACGCCUGGUUUUGCAUCUACUCUAAAUGCUACAGUAGUCGAAAACACAACCAUGGCUGGUAUUCCAUCGCUACCUAUUUCAUGGUCAGACGCACUUCCCUUAUUUCGUAUCACACAAAAUCUGGGUCUCACUGAUUCUUUGUGGUUAGGUGGAUCAACGCAAGUAGAUUAUUUUACUGGUCCAAGCGAAGCUCUUGUAAACCUUGUUAAUCUCAACAAGGUUGAAAAGAAGCCUAUUUGGAAUGUUGUUUCUCGAAUUCAAGGGCUUGAAGAACCAGAAAAAGCAAUUAUCGUUGGUGCUCAAAGAGAUGCCUGGAGCCUUAGUGCUGCAGACCCGUCUUCAGGAUCCGCUGUUUUGCUUGAACUUGCACGUGUGUUUGGUAUCUUGCUUGAAAAGGGUUGGAAACCAAGACGCUCUAUUCUGUUUGUUAGUUGGGAUGCUAGCGAAUACGGUAAUGUAGGUUCUACUGAAUGGGUAGAAGACCAUACUAGUUGGCUCAAGAAACACGCAGUUGCUUACUUGGAUAUCAGUCAUGCAGCUGUCACUGGCCCUAAUUUCUCUGCUCAAGCUUCUCCUCUUUUACAUCGUCUUCUUAAACAAGUAACAUCCAUGUUAAUUGAUCCCAAGACAAGUCAAACAGUUUACGAAGCCUGGUUGGAUCACUAUACGAUAAACGAUUGGAUUCCCAUGCUGAUUCCACCUGUAAGUACUGCAAAGGAUGCCAAUGCGUUUUAUCAUUAUGCAGGUGUACCCAGCUUGUCGAUAUCGUUCACAGGAGAAAAAUAUGAUGUGUCACAUAGUACAUUCGAUAGUAUCUCAUGGAUGGAGCGGUUUGGUGACCCUACAUUUGAGUACCAUCAAACCUUAGUCAAGAUUCUAGCCUUGUUGACUUUGCGCUUAUCAGACGACGUUGUUUUACCUUUGAAUCCUGUUGAUUAUACAUACACAAUGCUACAGUGCUUGGAUCAGAUUGUAUCUCAAGAACCUUCCUCAAACAAGUCUUCAGAACAAGAAUUGCCUGCACUUUAUCAUGCUAUACAUGCACUUCACAAGGCAAGUAAUAGAUUCAAUGAUAAAGUAGGCCAUGUUGAAUCAAGACUCAACCAUUACAACAAUCUACAAGAGACAUUCAAGCACCAUCAUGACAAAAAGAAAAAGCUCUAUAAAAAAAUCCACAAACUCAAUGAGCACAUCUUGAAUUUUGAAAGAAAUUUUGUAGACAACAAAGGAUUGCUGAUCAGUCGUCCUUGGUACAAACAUGUUAUCUUUGGUCCUUCAGCAAAAUCUGGACAUAUGGAGUGCUUUCCUAGCUUGAUGGAAUCUAAAGCGCUCGAAGAUUUGGACAUGGUGAGCCAAAAUGAACAAGUACUGGCAGAAGUUUUACGAAAAGCUAAAUCUGUUCUGUUGUAAACAUGAUUUUAUGCAAUAUAUGUAUGUGUAUGUAUCAAAAUAAAACUAC